AUGGAGGUCUAUAUUGAUGACAUGCUCGUCAAAUCCCUUCAUGCAAGCGAUCACGUUUCUCAUCUCGAAGAAGGUUUAGCACGGUUAAACUCACAUAACAUGAAACUUAACUCGGCUAAAUGCAGGUUCGCCAUAGCAUCGGGCGAGUUCCUCGGUUACAUGGUAACGUAUCGCGGGAUCGAAGAUAAUCCUAAACAGAUCGAUGCACUAAUCAGGAUGGCUUCUCCCAAAAACAAGCGGGAGUCCGAGCCAGUCAGGAGGAGACUAGCCAAAUGGGCAGUCGAGUUAAGUGAGUACGGUAUAGAAUACCGACCAAGAACGAGUGCAAAAUCCCAAGUACUCGCAGACGUUUUGGUACAGCUACCGACAAGAACCGUUACUAACAAGGAACCGAAUUCAACAUGGGUCCUUCACGUCGACGGAUCGUCAUUUAAGCAAGUAUCGGGCAUCGAAAUUCGCCUCACAUCACCAACCAGAGAAAUCCUAGAACAAUCGUUUAGACUGGAAUUUCACGAGUCCAACAACGAGGCUGAAUACGAAGCGUUCAUUGCAGAACUACGAUUAGCUGACGGAUUGAAGAUACGCAACAUCCAUGCCUACUGUGAUUCUCAGCUAGUCGCAAGUCAAUAUAGCGGAGAAUACGAAGCAAGGGAUGAAAGAAUGGAUGCAUAUCUGAAACUGGUCCAGAAUCUAGCUUAA